AAAAUGUUUUUCGACCUAGCAGCGCCAUCGCGUGCUUAUUUAACCGUUUGCGAAGGUGCGAGAAACAUGUCGAGUGUGCUGGCGGUUCCUCGUCCGGCCGGGUCUGUUGUAAGGCACAGCGUCUUGCUGCUCGCUUGGCUAAUCUUCACGGUCACGGGCAGCGAUGGGCAACCGAUAGAGUGCCACCGGCCACCGUUGGAUGUGCACCCAAAGGACUGUUGCCGGAUGCCACCGCUGCUGGACGAAGCUUUACUAGCCGGAUGUAAGCAAAUUCAUGGUGGUGAAGACUUGAAACGGGGCGUAGCCUACGAGAAAGGAAGUUGCCUAGUCGAGUGUGCAAUGAACGCCACCGGAACCAUGACCAACGGAAUGCUGGACCAGGAGCGGAUUCUGCAGCUUGUGGCGGCUUCCAGCACCGGAAGUCCUGCGUUGAAGAGUGUCACCAGUGCGGCCUGUAUCAGGUGCUUCCAGAUGAGGCAGCAGAGGGUGCAACAACCGCUUCCGAGAGCAGCGACGUUCUGUAGCAGCGAAGCAGCGCAGUUUCUGAGCUGUGUCAACAUGGAGACGUUUAAGACCUGUCUACAGGAGUACUGGACCGAUAGUAGCAGUUGCAUCACAUUGCGGAAGUUUAUCGAGAACUGUCCCAUUCCGUCGUAAACCACCCAAGUCACUAACACCUAAGAUAACAACAACA